AUGGGGGAGAAGCGGGUCAGGACAGAUUCUGCCGUGGGAGUUCUGCCAUCCAGUGAGCAUUAUGGGAAUAUACUGAAUGGUGACACAACUGGAGCUUUGGAGGAAACUGUGAAACCAGAUGGUCUGAGCUGUGUAGUGAUUGCUGGUAUUACCUUUCAGGAGUCACAUGCUGGGACAGUGCUGAAAGACGGCCUGGGUGACCAUGGGAAUGCAUUUUGCCUAAUUCAGGCUGGCCAACAGUACCAUAAGAUGGGUAAGCCAUGGGACACUGAAGAGCACAGCACAAGACACAGAGAUUUUAUACAGGAUGAAAACUACAGAAAAACUCCUUCUUGGACAAAGAAGUGGCACCUCAGAGGUGGGAUCUCAGCCUAUAACGCAGGAGUUAACACUGUCCAGACCUACCACAAAACGGUAGUUAGCAAACACACAACUACGCCAAUAAUGUGGAUGCAAGAGCCAGGUUUUGUAAGAGAAAUGGAUAUUGAGAUCUCUGAGUAA